AUGAAGGCGUUCAUCGUACUUUCUAUGGCGCUGGCCAUCGCUUGCGCAGCGGCAGUCGACGAGUCCAAGAAGGAAAAGCGAGGACUCUGGGAUCUCGAGGACAGUUCAUUGGAAGCUCACACUCCGCUAAUUACCAAAAAGGAAGUAAUCACGAAGAAGAUCCCGGUUCCAUACCCGGUGGAAGUGGAAAAGCACGUGCCCGUGCCCGUCAAGGUCCCGUAUCCGGUUGAGGUGGAAAAGAAGGUCCCAGUCAUUGUGGAGAAGAAGGUCCCGGUGUACAUCGAAAAGAAGGUCCCAGUCCACGUAGACCGUCCGUAUCCAGUUCCGGUUAAGGUUCCCGUGGAGGUCCCGGUCUAUAAGAAAGAGUAUGUCGAAGUUCCGAAGCCUUACGCAGUUCCUGUUGACAAGCCUUACCCAGUGUACGUGAAACAGCCGGUCUACGUUGAAAAGCAGGUCCCAGUGACAGUGCACAUCAAGGAACACCACAAGAAGUCGCUGUGGGGCUGA